AAGGCCGCCGUCCGCUCAACAAAGUCCCGCUCUGUGGUUUUCACAAGGUCAUUCACCUCGUCGAAAUCCUUCCGUACCGACCUUCGACCGUCAUCUCUCGACACAUUCACAGAUGAGGAAAACAUGCUGCGUGACGCUGUCAAGCGUUUCGCAACGGAAGUUAUUGGGCCCAAGGUCCGAGAGAUGGAUGAGAACGAACAAAUGGACCCAUUGAUUAUCAAUGGCCUCUAUGAACAGGGCCUUAUGGGCAUCGAGACGAGUGCUGAAUACGGGGGCGCAGAGUCUUCUUUUACCUCUGCCAUCAUUGCCAUCGAGGAACUCGCCAAGGUUGACCCAUCGGUCUCUGUCCUGUGUGACGUGCACAACACGCUCGUGAACACUGUUCUCCGCAAGUAUGGUUCCAAAGAGCAGCAAGACAAAUGGCUGCCUCAACUGGCCCAAUCAAAGUUGGGCUCAUUCUGUCUCUCGGAGCCUGCCUCGGGUUCAGACGCGUUUGCCCUCCAAACACGCGCCAAAAAGGAUGGUGAUAACUGGAUCAUCAACGGCUCCAAGAUGUGGAUCACAAACUCUUACGAGGCUGAAAUUUUUCUUAUCUUCGCCAACAUUGACACGACCAAAGGCUAUAAGGGCAUCACCUGUUUUCUUGCCACGAAGGACAUGGGAAUCCAAAUAGCUAAAAAGGAACAGAAGCUCGGCAUCCGCGCUUCCUCAACGUGCACACUUAACUUUGACGACCUCAAGAUCCCAGCAGAAAAUGUUAUUGGUGGGGAGGGUAGGGGAUACAAAAUUGCCAUCGAAAUUCUCAAUGAAGGUCGGAUCGGAAUCGCUGCACAAAUGCUGGGGCUUGCCCAAGGUGCCUUUGAGAAAGCUGUCCCCUACACCUAUCAACGCCAACAAUUCGGGCAACCUAUUGGGACGUUCCAAGGCAUGGCAUUCCAGAUAGCGCAAGCUGCCAUCGAGAUUGAGUCUGCCCGUCUCAUGACUUACAAUGCUGCCAGACGAAAGGAGGAAGGUAAAACAUUUACCAAGGAGGCUGCGAUGGCCAAGUACUGGAGUAGCGUGGUUGCCCAGCGGGUCUCCGGGCAGGCCAUUGAAUGGGCAGGGGGUGUUGGGUUCACAAGGGAAACAGGAAUUGAGAAAUACUGGCGGGAUUCCAAGAUUGGAGCGAUAUACGAAGGGACGUCAAACAUUCAACUCCAAACGAUUUCCAAGUUCAUUCAGAAGGAACACUCAUAAAAACAUUACAUAUCUUAUGAUAUAAUCUUGUAAAGCAUGAUCAUGCAACUCACGGAUGCUUACAGUGUUCAAAGUACAUAGGUAUAUAGCAGGCUCCACUCGGUAUCUUUGUAUGGAGAAGAACCUGCUGGUAUCUCAAUGCUACAAAGUUGCUGCAAGUGU